AUGGCAACUUGAGCUCAGAUCGGAUUUCAAAACAGCGCGUCUCCUUUAAUAGAACAAUUAAUCUUUUUUCACGAUCACGCUUUAUUAAUUUUAAUUUUGAUUACUACUUUAGUAGGUUACUUCAUAAUUAGUUUAGUAACUAAUAAAUUUGUGAAUCGAUACCUUUUAGAUGGUCAAAUAAUUGAGAUUAUCUGGACAGUUUUACCAGCAGUGAUUUUGAUUAUUCUAGCACUUCCUUCUUUACGUUUACUUUACCUAAUCGAUGAGACUACUGAACCUAGACUUACUCUAAAAACCGUUGGUCAUCAAUGGUAUUGGAGCUACGAGUAUUCAGAUUUUAAUGAUAUUGAAUUUGAUUCGUACAUGACUCCAACUAACAAUCUGCAGCAACAAGAAUUCCGGCUUCUUGAAGUUGAUAACCGGGUUAUUUUACCAUACUUAACUCAAAUUCGUCUGUUGGUGACAGCUGCUGACGUGAUUCAUUCAUGAACUAUCCCAAGUUUAGGAAUUAAGGCCGAUGCUGUUCCAGGCCGACUUAAUCAACUUAAUGUAUUUUUUAAUCGGCCCGGGGUCUUUUACGGUCAAUGUUCAGAAAUCUGUGGGGCUAAUCACAGUUUUAUACCGAUUAGUGUAGAAGCUAUCACCCCAACAGAUUUUUUAACUUGAAUUAAAUCUUUUU